CGGGUGACAUUCUGCCCUCGGGUUGACAAUAUCAAUGUCACACACGCUGCCAUAUGGUAUUUAUAUUUUGUUUACUCCAUUUUGUAUUACUUCAUAUUGUUUCUAAGUCUCCGUAUACGCCCCAAACAGUCUUCCACCCAUUCUCAACCCCGACUACACCCAAGCUCCACAUGAAUUUACCUUCCACAGUCUUAUGGUACUUCGUUUUGGUGGUAUCAAAUACAUUUUACUCCCCAUUACAUCCCACCAGAAAGAAACUUUUGUCUGCUUUUCUACCCCGCCCCCUUCCCCUUCUUCUCCAUGCCCCAAUUGACUGGAAGACUUGUUCCAAUCUUUUGCCUCCGUACACUCAAACCCUGUCGAAAUUGUUAACUUGUAAUUAUCAGUUAAUAACCGUCAAUAACCAGUCAGUAAAUAUAAAUAAAACGAUGAAAUAUACGAGUUCACCAUAAAUGUAAAAAAUGCACAUUUUGUAGAUGUAAAUCGUUCCUUUCUUUGAUAAUUUUAAAGAUAUUCUUUUCAAAGUUAUUUCCCAGAGUAUCUAAAUAGCUUUCACUUGAAUUACAUAAGAAUAGUCAGAGACCAACGUUACGGGUUUUUAAGUAGUAAAAAGACUUGAUUAAAAUUUGGACUCAAAUUAAAAUCUUUGUCAAAAAUGACACGUUAUAAAUUUCAUAGUUUGGUCUAUUCUAAACAAAUCCAUAUCUAAAGUAAAGAUAUUUUCAUAGAAAUAAAAGUAAGAAAUGUUUACAAUAAUUCUUGGCUUAUUUAUUCUAGGUUUUUUAUGGAGUAUGGCACGACAUUUGAUAUAUAUUUUAUAUAUUUAACUAUAUGAAAAUUAUUAAACAGAUUUUUAAUUCAAAUCACUAUACAGGUACAUGUAUAUUAUUACAAAACAAUUGUACCAUAAAUUGACACUGACUCUGGCGCGAAAGAAACAAAAAUUAAAUUUUCUGGCAUUAUCAGUUUGUUUGAGUCAUUUGAUUUCAUCCUUCUAGACUUUUCAUCAAAAAGAACAAAUUGAGUGAUUACAAGAUAACGCAUGAAUAAUUAGUCUUCUAUAGACGACUAUUAAAACCUUUGAUUGGUGAAACGUGUGAGUUAAAUUCAUCAACUUGGAGUUGAUUAGCUAACGAUGUUUGCAUAUUGUUUGCGCAAUUACGUCAAACAAGGCGCUAAGUUCGAGCCGUGUCAGAACUGGAGCAGAGUUUGAUGGUAUAAAUGCAAAAUUUACCCCAAGCUGAAUACAAACCACUUAGAAAGUCAGAAAGAACAAUACAAAACGAUUAUCUACAGAAGCUGAUAUAUUAAAAUCGAGGACAAACAGAUUGGAAAAAUGCACGAAAGCGUAAGAAAUUUAUUCUUUCACUUUUAUGACCGUGGAAGUCUGUUUGUACUUAAGAAAUUGUAUAUAGCAGAACCAUAGUUUAAUGAAUCUAAACAUGACAAAGCGGUUACACGUCUGUUGAAUAAUCCAGAGUUUGCAGCCAGAUUGAAUUUUACUAGCGGCGUAUCUCCGAUUCGGAGUUAUUAAAAUUAUUAAAACUUGAUUCUGCUAUAUUUUAUUUUGAUUUUUGUUAUAUAACUUUAAUGCUAACAUGAUGAUAGGAAAGCUAUUAUUCCUGUCGUAUAUGUGGUGCCAAAUAUAAUAGAUCGACGAGACCUCAAUGUAACCGCGUUUUAAUAAUAUUAAUUAUUUAGAAGUGUGUAGACGGCCAAUGAGUUAUUUUACGCGACUAAUAAUCGAUCCAGAAUGUAUGAGAUACAGUUUUGACAGCGCUCUUUCCCGGCGCCUGCAUGUCGUCAAAUGACAUGUCGUCAACGUUAGUUUAAUGAAAAUGUACAUGAUGCUGGUAUUUUAUUGUGAAAAUGUACCAAUAUAAUGUGUGCUUUGAAUAUGAACAUUUCAUACAUUUGUUUUUAAAUUCCAUGACACUUGACAUCGGCAACAUGUUAAGAAUAUGCUAAGAAAUUCCAGUAAAAAUCAAAUGGGCAACUGCUUUGUCAAUUUUUAUGGAAGACUGGCGGACCAUGCUAAUUGUAAAUGCCGAACCUCUAAUUGUUAAUCAGCUUGCUAUAAACAGGGUAGAACGUGCCUUUUAGGGUUUAAGAACGUAACAAACGUUGAAUGCAAUGCAUGAUUAGAAUAUGUAAAUUAUGUAAAAUAUAGUACCCAGAUACCGAAUUUCAUCUCCUAGUACAUCCGCUAUACCGAGAACUAAGAAUUAAAUAUUUGAAACGAACCUUAUAUAAAGUCAGUUACUUUUGUUACCUUGCAAAAUUUUAAUACUUCGCAAACAAAAAACGUAUCACACAAUAAACAUGUGUUUGUAAGAUUUCAAAAUAUCAUUCUGCUCAUGUGUAACAUUCGUUAAUAUUUGUUCUUCACAGAUUCUGCAAGCAGUCGGGAACAGUCAGCUGUCCAGUUAUGUACCUUACGGCUAUUCAAAUCUGGAAGAACAGCAACCGAGAGCGCCUUCUUCAAUGCAGUCAAAUUAUGUACAUGUACAGACAAAUACGUCCGAAGGAGAGAAGCAGCCUAUGAAUUCCAUCAGCGUUUCUCCUGUUCUACCAGGAACCGGAAAUAUUACACAUAACGUUACGCGCAUGCUCAAAGAUUCUGCUCAGACGCCGAGAAGUCAACUUCCAAGUACAUCACCGCCUGCAGCACGCUACUCGCCAUACAGUACAGCUCAUUUUAUGUCGUUCAGACAUAAUAUUCUGAAUAAACACAGUUUGACUUACAAUGCAGAUAUCAACCAGGAUGAUCCAAUAUCUGACACUUCAAACAGCGACAUGUCCAUUUCUACAGACGGGUCUGCCUCUCCAAAAUCAUCAGCCUCUGUCACACCUCCCCCGCCGAGCGAGGAAAGCUCGGCAAUAGGCAAUUCUCCAUCCAGCGUCCAUUUCUCACCUUUAAACGAAACACCAUCUAGUGCCGAUUCUUCCCCUAGUGGCGUAUCAACUUCUUCCAGAGCAGCAUCUACAUGUUCUUCUAUGGUAACUUAUACUGACAGCAAAGUGGACAAUGACGAACAGCCAAAGAAAAAAGCGCGAACCAACUACACAAAUGAGCAAAUACAGGCGCUACUGAAAAUAUUCCAUGAGACCCCGUACCCUGACUCUGAAAUGAUGGAAACCAUUGGAAAAGAUUUGGGUAUCAGUGAAAAACAAGUCAAGAUCUGGUUCCAGAACAAGAGAGCAAGAUGGCGCAGACGUGUCAACGACAACAAGAACAACCAACUUCAGUCUUUCGUCACUAUGCCACCUAUGUUGCCAUCUGUUGCACCAUACGGAUACAUGCCAAUGGGUCAUAUGAUGACGUCAUCGCCGCUACAGAAUUUUCCUGGAUACUUCAAUUAUCCUUGGAUGCAGGGAAACAACAACCAACAGCUUCCGGGACAAAUUUCGACCAAUCAGAUUCCAUCAAGUUAUCAGACAACCAGUCACAGUGCAGCAUUGCUAAACCAGGCUUCUUCUGCCGUUAACACGGCACCAUUUACAGGGACACUGUCGUCUGCCCAAUAUGGUAGAACAUUGCCACAGCAAAAUAUAACAGCGAACCAAAACAGACAUUUGCUUCAAUACCAAGGUUACAUGUAUACACCAGCAUAUGCACCUGUGUCAUGAUUCUGCAUAUAUAAAAUCCAUCUUGUUACUGUAUAUAUCAUUGUUAUUGAUACUGUUUUGUAAUAUGGUGCUAACUGAAUCAGUGGAUACUCCGAAACGAGCGACACACCUCAAGCUCGAUGUAUAUAAUACAUAUUUUAUAAAUAAAAAUAAAAUGUUAUAAACACA